AUGGGCCUGAACUCUUCUCUGUCUGGCUCAUCUCAUGGGAAUGUGUUCCACCAGCUGCUGCUGUGCUUCUACACCCAAGAAAGAAUUCACAAUGGGAUGUUGUUCUUGUCUGUAAACGCCCUGGUCAUCCUCCCCAUCUGCAGCUCUGUCCUGUACCUGGGCUUCCAGCAGCUCAGACUGCUCUCCAAAAUCAGCCACAGCGACGCAUUCACGUACCACGUCAGCGCCAUCCAAAUCAUAGGGUGCUUGACGUGCGGAGAGCGCUACAUUGCCGUGGUUCACCCCAUGACAUACUUGGGUCUGAAGAAGCGAACCAUGACUAGUAACGUUAUCUGCGGGCUGGUGUGGCUCCAGUUGCGUUCAAGUGACAUUAACACUCACUUCUAA